AUGGACAUUCAGGUUUUCCAGAUAUCCUGGCAACUAAAGACCGUCGAAGUUAAGUUCCAGACUUUUUUUGACAAAAGAUUAGCGCCGCGAAACAAAGAGAUCGAAACACUUUACAAAGAUGGACUUAAGUCGCCGAAGAUUGUUCAUAAGACAACCAACGGAUUAUAUGUAUUUGUCGAUUCCCGUUUGGCCAUCAGAAUGAACGCCACUCAAAGCAGCCAAAUCACAGGUAAGCAAUUUGAACCACUUUUAAGUCUCUCUCACCCCAUAUUUGUUUCAUUGCUUUCUUUUUCCCCCACCCCCAUAUUUGUUUCAUUGCUCUUUUUCCCCACCCCAUAUUUGUUUCAUUGCUUUUUUUUCCCCACCCCCAUAUUUGUUUCAUUGCUUUUUUUUGUUUCAUUGCUUUCCCACCCCCCAUAUUUGUUUCAUUGCUUUUUUCCCCCACCCCCAUAUUUGUUUCAUUGCCCCCACCCCAUAUUUGUUUCAUUGCUUUUUUUUUCCCCACCCCAUAUUUGUUUCAUUGCUUUCUUUUUCCCCACCCCAUAUUUGUUUCAUUGCUUUCUUUUUCCCCCCCCCCAUUUGUUUGUUUCAUUUUUCUUUUUUUUUUUUUCCCCCCCCCCCCAUAUUUGUUUCAUUGCUUUCUUUUUCCCCACCCCAUAUUUGUUUUUGCUUUUUUUUUCCCCAUUUUGUUUCAUUUUUCUUUUCCCCCACCCCCAUAUUUGUUUCAUUGCUUUCUUUUCCCCCCCACCCCAUAUUUGUUUCAUUGCUUUCUUUUUCCCCCACCCCCAUAUUUGUUUCAUUGCUUUUUUUUAA